AUAGGUAUCCUUAUCAAGUUAUCAAUUAUCACUAGCAGAAUAGCACUUGCAUAGUUGUGUUUACUAUUUCCAAUCUAAUGCAAUACACAGAAUCCGCUAGGUAAAAGGUAUUAUAAUUUAUAUGUCUAUUUUAUUAAACAUUUCAAAUAACGAUUUGUGAACAAACUGCUGUUCAAACUCCGUUUAAGAACUGCUUCAAGAUGCAAAGAAAUUCCCGUGUUUUAAGAUUGCUGUCCAACGUUAACACUAAUCUAAGCGGCCUCUACACAAUACGUCUUCAGCAUGAUAAAGCGCACCUUAAUGAACACAGAUCCAAGGUGAUGGCUAAAGGGUUACCUGAGAAAAAACCUUUGCCUGGUGUUAAGAGUAUUAUUCUUGUUGCAUCAGGAAAGGGUGGUGUAGGCAAGACUACAACUGCAGUCAAUCUUGCAUGUGCAAUGAAGGUAAUUGAGCCGGAUAAGGAAAUUGGUUUACUGGAUGCUGAUGUAUUUGGACCCUCUGUGCCUCUCAUGAUGAAUAUAAGUGGAGAGCCCAUGCUUAACGAUGACAAUUUAAUAGAACCACUUCUCAAUUAUGGUGUCAAAUGUAUGUCAAUGGGCUUGCUCGUGUCUGGUGAAAAUGCAGUGGUAUGGAGAGGUCUAAUGGUGAUGCAAGCAUUAGACAGACUUACAAGGCAUGUGGCUUGGGGACCUCUGGAUUGUCUGAUUGUGGAUACUCCUCCAGGAACUGGCGACACACAUCUUUCACUAGCUCAAAACUUACCUAUUGAUGGAGCAUUAGUUGUCACUACUCCACAAUCUGCAGCGCUACAAGUGACAAAACGAGGGGUGAACAUGUUUGAAAAACUCAAAGUUCCCAUCAUAGGCCUGGUUGAGAACAUGUCCCAUGCAAUAUGCAAUAAAUGUGGAACAAGGAACUAUAUAUUUGGAAAUCAAACCAAACAAACCGCUGAACAAAUGGGUUUAGAGAUUAUAGAGAGCUUCGAAGUUGAUCCGAACAUGUGUGAGAGCAUUAACAGUGGCAAGCCAGCCAUUUACGCGUUGCCCGAUAGCAUACAUGCUGAGAAAUACAGACAGUUAGCUAAUAAAAUCUUUAAAUAUAUCUCGGAGAAGGAUAAGAAAAAAGUGACUGCCACAAAGUAAAAAGGGAUUAGUGAGUACGGUUCUAUGUGGCGUUGAUCAAUUUCUUACUAGAAGAAAAUGGUAGUGGGCCAAUGAUCUUUGUGAUAAAGAUGGGCAUUUAUUUUGUUUGCUCUCAAUCUGAUGUGUUACGAAGAUUAUAAACAAGAUCUGAUAAUUUGCUAGAAAUAUAAUACUUUGUUCGACAAGGCAGCUUUAUUAUGUGCAAUAUGUGGUGAAUAUUAUAGUGCUAACUGGAGUAAACUUUGCGUAAUUAUCUAUGAGUAGUACAAUUUGAAGCUAUUAUAACUAGAAUAAUAAAGAACUAAUAAAUAACAAGGAGACCUAAA